AUGACAUCAUCCUUGAUCAGCUUAUGUAAGCCAAGCAAUCCUCAUCAGCUUUUAACGGUCAACAAGGUCAAGAGGCCUCCAAUCCCCACUGGACCUCAAGCAGAUAAUUCCAAGAUGCUCAAGUUCAGCGCAAGACUACAACCAAGGACAACAACAACAACAACAUCCCAGCUGAUCAAGAACCGCCCUUCCCAAAAACUCAUCAAACGUUCCUUCAACUAUGCUCUCGAUCAUCUGUCCUCUCAACUCACUACCACCAUCAAUACCAACUCGGAGGAAUAUCAAACCAAUCUCAAGUCGAUGACAAGCUUGAUCCAGUCUCAUCAGUCACUCGUACAUCAACACAUCCUACCAGGUGGGAGUCCAACCGCUCGUAAGAAGCAUCUCGAUCGCGGAAAACUCUUAGUCAGGCAAAGGAUCGAAAGAUUACUCGACCCAUUUUCCCCAUUCCUAGAACUCUCUCAAACCGCUGGCUAUCAGCUCUACCCAAACGAAGACUUGCCGGCGGGUGGGAUCAUAACUGGAGUAGGCCAAGUCCAUGGAAUUCCAUGUAUGGUCAUUGCCAAUGAUCCAACCGUCAAAGGAGGGUCAUAUUAUCCAAUAACUGUCAAAAAACACUUGAGGGCUCAGGAAAUCGCUCAAGAGAACCGUUUACCAUGUAUCUAUCUAGUUGAAUCGGGUGGUGCAAAUCUACCUUACCAAUCUCAAGUCUUUCCGGACCGGGAUCACUUUGGACGGAUAUUCUACAAUCAGGCUCGACUAUCAGCUCGAGGAAUCCCACAAAUUUCAGUUGUCCAUGGAAUCUCAGUUGCCGGGGGUGCUUAUAUGCCUGCAAUGUCAGACGUCAAUAUAAUUGUUAAAAACCAAGGUAGAAUCUUCCUUGCGGGACCCAGUCUAGUGAAAGCGGCGAUAGGAGAAGAUAUCAACGAUGAGCAACUAGGAGGCGGUGAAAUGCACUGUCAAGUCAGUGGCGUUAGUGAUUAUCUGGCUGAAUCCGAUGAACAUGCCCUGGUACUCGCUCGAAGAGAAAUUCUUCAUUCAAACUAUCAACUCGGUCAGACCUCUAAUUCAACAACGACUGAAAAGGGUGGUUGGGACGAGCCGUUAUAUGAUCCUAAUGAAUUGAACGGCAUCGUAAGUCCCAAUUUGAGAGAAGGCUUUGAGAUCAGAGAAGUAAUUGCUAGGAUUGUUGAUGGUUCACAAUUUCAUGAGUUUAAAAGGGAAUACGGUAAAACAAUUGUGACGGGCUUUGCCCAUAUUCAUGGUCAACCUUGCGGCAUUAUCGCCAACAACGGAGUUCUGUUCUCGCCAUCAGCCCUGAAGGCCACACACUUUAUUCAACUAUGCGAACAACGACAGAUACCCUUGGUCUUUCUGGUCAAUGUAACAGGUUACAUGGUGGGUGAACAAGCUGAACGAGGUGGCAUCGCAAAGGACGGCGCAAAAAUGGUAAGGGCCGUUGCCUGCACUUCAGUUCCCAAAUUUACGGUGAUCGUUGGUGGAUCUUUUGGAGCUGGAAAUUAUGGGAUGGCAGGGAGAGCGUAUGGAUCCAGGUUUUUAUGGAUGUGGCCAAACGCAAAGGUUUCGGUAAUGGGAGGAGAACAGCUGAGCCAUGUCAUGUCUACCAUCUCUCAAGAUCAAAGCAAAACUGAAAAACUGAAAGCUCAAAUUGAGGACGAGUCUACAUCACUCUAUACUUCGGCUAGAUUGUGGGAUGAUGGAAUAAUCAGUCCGACGGACACACGAUCAGUGCUGGGGCUUGGAAUAUCAUUGGCUAAUUCAGAAAGAGCUAGCAAUGCUGGUCCUCGACCCAGCAGCCAAACCAUGAAUGGAUUUGGAGUCUUCCGGAUGUAAUUCUGCUGUGUUUUAUUUCUUCAGCACUCAAAAUCACUGUCACAUUUAGUUGUAUUUUUAUAUUUAAGCCCUUUUUCUGCAGGGGUAAGUCUUGAGUCUUUUUAUCCGCAACCAUGGCAUGUAUUGUUCCUGUAUUUUGUGUUUGUUCAUGUUCUCUUUUGUGUGUUCUCUUUUGUGAUGUGUUAUAAAGGUCAAUGCAAGAGUUUUAUGCUUGGUG